UACAAAAAUAUGAUUAAAAUUGCGUAAAGCUGAAAUGAGAAGGCUAUACUUAUAACUACCGCAAAAAUAAAUAAUAUUACAUUAGUACUUCUACUAGUACUCCCUUAUUGGGUCUGGAAGUCCUAGUCCCACUGAUUUAAUUUUAUUUAUAAUGUUUAUUUCAUAAUAGCUUAUUAAAUUGUAUCGCAAAUAUAUCCUUAAAAAAUUAUGCAUUUUCAUUGUGCGAAGCUGAUUAUUUACUAUUACAUAUGUCGCUUAUAAAAAGUGAAAAAUAAGGGUUGGUAUCCUUGUAUGCACAGUAGUUUGACAGUGGGGCCAUCGUCGUAGUCUUAUAUGUAUGAUGUAUUUACAUUACAAGUUAGGGAACGUGAGUUUUUCUCUAAGCAUUAUCAACGCUUUUAUCUACAUUAUGAAACGUUCGAUAACAGAUGAAAAUGGAGAAACAAAACGAUCGUUUGUUAAGCAAGAAUGCAAAUUUGGAUAUGAAGGUUCCUAUCCUGUUUUUACCUCAUCAUCUUCUUCUUCGACUGUCACGCAACCUUUGCCAGGACAACCACCAUUACCUCUGCCUCCACCUUCUAGAGUUCCACCACCUCCCCAUGUAUUUGGACCAGUGCCUUCUCUUACACCUAUUCAAGCAUGGACACAUCCUCCUACACCAUGGCAUUGGAUAACACCUCAAACAUCACCUUUACCACCUCCGCAUCCACGUGACAUAACAACAAAUACAUUUCAAAGAGACCUGCCUCUGAGAGGUAAUUACAUGCGACGCGAAAGAUUUACUCAUAAUAGAAGCAAUAUAUAUGUUCAAAGAAGUAACUUUCAUCGUAAAAAUAGACCGCUUGCACGAUUUGGACAAUCUCAGGGUCUUGAUCAAGCAGCAUAUUUUGGUGCCACAUUGAGUAAUACUCUUGGUUUGGAAUGGCAAAGAAACAAUUACACCACAUCUGCAGGCGAUGCUAUUAUGAGUCAUAUGCCUGUUCCUCUUCCUAAUCAUCCUCCUCCUAUACCUCCGGGGAUUUUAACAAAUAGACACGGAGAAGAAACAUCAGAUCAGGAUGUUAAAAUUGUAUUGGAAGAAGUUGUAGUUAAAAAUAAACAAAGGAAACCUAUGUCCCAAAGUUAUCCUAGUCGACCAUGGAAUCGGGAAGAUGCAGAAAGAGCUUUAAAAAUCGAAAAUGAAUAUAAUAAAACAGUAAAGGCUCAAAGUUUAAUAAUAAAAUUUCCAGAUCCUGAUUUAAAUAAAGAUAUUGUUAGAGAAUUUCAUCCUGGUAUACAGAAUAUACAUUUUCAAAGUCCCAGUGGUCCUAGAUACUGUUUUAUACAAAUGGCAGAAAGUGUUAAUAUCGACGAUGCUAUAAAAGAGUUGGAAAAGAUACCUUUUGGAGUAGGCCAUUUAAAAGUUGAAAGAAAAUCUCUAAGAGAUGAAGAUAAUCCAAUGCCUGAAGAAAUAGAUCCUUAUACAUUAUAUAUAGGAAAUUUGCCAGAAUCUGUAAAUGUUAAUGUAAAAAGUAAAUUCCCAACAGCUGCCCGUGUAGAUGUCGGCUAUGCGCAGAAGAUGAGAAAUACGCGAUAUGCUUUCAUAAGAUAUAACAGUGUCGGAUCUAUAUCUGCUUAUAAGCAAGCGCAUGAUUUAAUGUGGGAUACCAGAAGUAUUAUUGUUAGAUUUAGAAGACAGCGAGGCAAUACUUGUCUUCCUGGAGAACCUAAGCCUAAUGUUAAAAAAGUUAAAGAAGAACGAACGAAUAACUCACAAGUAAAAAAAAGAAUUAAAAGUUAAUCAUGUUGAUAAAAUAGAACAAAAUCAGAAGCUGAUGUAGAAAAUAGAUUACAAGAUAAUUCUAGUAAAGUAGCCAGAAUAAAGCAUCAUCUCAGAAUCAGAUCAAAAAAACAGAUUUCGCAAUCCACUUCAUCUUCUACGCCAAUCAUAGCAUCAGCCAAAUCAGCACAGCAACAACAACAACAACCAUGGUAAUAACCGGACCAAUUGCCUCAGAUACUCGCAUCUGAAGCUCCUCCACCUUGUUCAACCAAUAGAGAACAGGUUGCGGAAACAAUAAUGCUUACGGAAAUCAAAGAGGAACCGGAAGAUUACGAAGAAAUGGAUAUGUCGUGGUAACAUUAGAUCCGAUGAUGAAUAGAUGAUGAUGUAAACGAUGAUGAUGACGACGAUGAUGACGAUGAUGAUGAAGAAGAAGACGAUUCGGAUGAUAAUGAUGAUAACGAAGAUGAUUAUGAAGAAAACGAUACAGAAGACAUAGAUGAGAAUGGAAGUCUGUUUAAUGAAAAACACAAAGAAAUCGCGAAAGAUAAGAACCUUCCGAUCAUCUUGACCAAAUGUUUCAGUGAACUGGAGAAUAUGGCCGGUGAUAUUGGAUUUUAAUACAAUUCACGAGCCUGUAUUUCUUUUGUAUUGAUCAGUGUUUGAUUUUUUGAAUAUUUAAUAUCAUGCAUAAUGUGUAAUAUUUCUAGUUUACAAUGUUACCGAGUGAGACUGCAUUUAUUUAACAUAAUUCAGUAAUCGAGUUGUAUUUAAA